AUGAAGCUGCCUCACCUGGAUCUCUGCUUUUUCUUGAGCUUCCCUUCUGAGUUACUGCAGGUGGCACUUCGAAUCAGGCAAGAUCAGGCAUUGAGCAACUCGACCGCGGAUCCAUCCAACAUGAAGUCAUUUCAGACUAUGAUAUUGAUGUUCGAUUGGCCUGUUUUGCUGACCGCUAUGGGCGUUUCGGAUUUAUCCAAGAUCAUAGGUCGUCCUGUUUCUACCACGGAAAGCUAUGCAAAGUCAUGGUCUCACUUUACGGAACACGAUCCGCCACUCCAUCAACAAGAAGUUUCUCGAUCGGAAUUGGAAACUAGAUAUCCGUCAAAUGUAUGGCGUUCUGGUUCACAGAUGGAACCUCAUUGGCCAGACACGCAUCUCUUCAAUGCUCCUUCAUCCGACGCACAUACGAAAAACAUCGCAGAAGGAACAUGGUUUGAAGAUCAACUCGAGAGCCCAGGGCACUACAGCGAAUUAAACCAUGUAAUGGGCGAGCUUCCAGGAAUCAAGCCAGAUCUGCGGUCGUGGCUCGACCAGCUCAGCGCAGCUGACUUCGAUGGAGAUCUACACAAUGAUGGCUUUCAUUCAAGUAGUCCCUACAACAGCGUCACAGGGCUCAGGGGUCACUCAGAAGUGCAAACUACCUACCAUCGUGACCCUCUGGCCAUUUCGACUUCACCUCACAAUCAAUUCUCGCAAUCAUCAUCAGGCCACCAUAUUCCUGCCGAGCAUCCGAUAGCAUUUUUGGACAGUGAUUUGGCUCGUAUGCUUGAUGAAAAUGAAAACUUUUCUUUUGACUCUCAAACUUUGAACAAAGAGCCCGCAGCAAUUUUACACGACACUUCAUCGCACUAUCCCGUUUCUCAAGCGAUCUCUUCUAUUGAAAACGCAGGACGGCCUCACGAAACUUUUAAAGACGCUUCAGAUCAUGUUGCCCACGGCACGCCUCGAAGCACAUGGCCUACAUUACCUAUCUCAGAGGCCACGCUGGCGUCAGAGUCGUCGCCAAACUAUGGUUUACGAGAUUCUCCAAGUGCAUCCGAUCCCAACCCACUCCUUCAGUUUUUAUCACCGGCGACUCAUUUUCAAGAAGAUCACCCGACGCCCGGACAAUUGUUCAGAUCAGGACAGCUCAAGCGUCCAUUCACGACGGAAGAAGUUGAAUUUCAAUCUUCAAAACACAAAACUCGCCAGAAUCCUUCUUCAUUUGAUGCCAAAGAAGGAUUUAUCAGUCAAGUACAAAGGUAUCGCCCGUCCAUACAUACCGACCUUCCUAUCUCGGCCUCAUCAGACCCCCCAAAUAAGCAGCCCUCAUGGCUACAAUUCGAACCCCAUACAACUCCUGAACUUGACUCUGAACCAAAUCAUAUUUCAAAACUCAAAGAACAUGACCACGAAGGAAAUAUGUCUGAUGAUCCAGUGGAUCUUGAAAUUCACCAAUCAAACAUUAAAUCUAUAGCAAAAUAUUAUGGAAAAAGUUGGCAUCGAGAAGGUUUGAAAAAGGAGAUAUUAUUACAAGACGAUGCAAAACUUGGUGUAGUGAAACUUGGAUCAAGCUACAAUCAUCAAUCCAUUUUACCUAAGGCUAGAGAUAUAAUUGAUGGAUAUCAACCUGAAAUUAAGAAAUUUUUAGACUUAUUCUCAGUAAAUCGUAUCAAAACGGAACAUAUACCAUAUCUCGAACUCAAUAUGAAGGAACUUUUGGAUAAUUUUUUAGACAUCGUAACCAUUUGUUCUGAAGUUGUAUCGUCUAUUGGUUUGCAUACAAAUAUGGAAGAAGACGUUCGUGAUGGUUACCAAUGGUUCAUUAAAACAUUAGCAGCACUUCCAGACACUCCAUUUGAAUACUUACCAUUGAUCGGAAACACUAAAAGGCUAAAUAACGAGAAACUCUUUGACAAAGAGUUUCAUGGUCUUUCUCCAUAUGCUGGUACAGUCUUUUGGUUAUCUCAUAGGUUUCAUAUUAGAAGACGUGAAACAGUGGGAGCAUCGUUGGGAUUAGCAUUUAUGCUUGAAAAUCGAAAGCAUUGGCUCAAAUAUUUGACCUCUUCACUUGCUGUCAAUGUGUGUGGCAAAAAGCUCUGCAAUAUAUAUCAGACUUGGUUUCCUAAGCGUAAGAGAGCUCUUUUCCUCCUCUACAUUUUUCAUCCUACCACCUUCAUGGCGGUGCACACAGCAUCUUCCCUGCAUAUCUUGAUAGAGUUUUUGGACUCAGGAGAGCUUCUCUGGAUGUCCUCCUACACCAACAUAUCUCAAGUUUUUGAAGAGUCCUAG